AUGGCAGUCAGACAACUCAAAGAGCACAUGAUAUUUGACUUUGACACCAUCAAAGCUCAAUCCCAACCGCCACUCACAUAUCCUCGCUCCGUCGCUUGCAAGAAUGAGAAAUCCAGCAGCGCUGAACCAAAAAGACCUGUUCACCACCACAGCCAGAAAACCGUGACAGGCCCCAUAAAGAGCCUUUGUCUGCCACGUUUGCACAGUCUCGACGAUAUUAGGUCAGUUCUGAUUGUUCGACACGAGUCCCCGUGGGACACGUAUCAGCAAGCCAUCUCAUACGACAUCGCCGGUGAGGUGGUGAUUGCCUCUCGUCGCACCCGCCCAUCUCGUGUGGUGGCCAUUAGGAAAUACAACAGGCAGGACGCUCGAAGCCUGAUCGAUAGAUUCGGGCGUCUGGAACACGUCAAUAUCCUUCUGUUCUAUGAAUGUUACAUUGAUGGAGAUUUAGCGUUCUUUCUAGUCGCCGACCUACCGCUGACUCUCGGGGAUGUCGUUGCUUGCUCGGAUUUGUAUCCCACCGAGGCGGAAUUGGGAUCGAUCAUGUGCCAGCUGCCUUUCGCCUUGUUCAUCAGUCUUUGGUCUGUUCCAACAUACUACUUGGGCUUGACGGGAUCAUCAAAAUUGGUCAGUCAAGACCCUUCCCGCGAAGAAUCUAGCUUACGAGUCGCAGCUGGUCCGGAACAUUGCGUGGAUUGUGUAACAAGGCAGUCCGAAGCCGCAUGUAUCGCCGCCAUACCGUCAAUUACAAUGCAGCUCAUGCAAAAGUACGAUAAAGAAGAUGGGGCUAUCGGUGUCGACGAGCUCGAACGCUGGCCAAUUGCGUCCGCCGCAGUAAACUUUUUGUCCGCCUCUGGAGCGGCAGCAUCGAUGGCAGUUUUGAAAAUGCAUCCGUUGAUCACAGCCAGGCGCCGCUCGGCUGCUGAUCUCGUGUUACUUGCACGAGCUGCCUUACUUAUGAGUCGAGUAAAUUGCACAUACCACCGUGGAAAGAACUCUUUUUAG